AUGGGGAGCAUCCCUUUGGGACAGACCUGUGAGGACAAAGACUUGGGUAUUGUAAGUCUAGACCUAAAACCUUCAACACAAGAGCAUGACAAGCUAGUUGAUGAGCUGAAUACGGAGGUAUGGAGGCUAAGCAAGGAAAAUGAUAUGCUAAAGGAAAGGAAUAGAGCCUUGGAGAGUCAACCAAAAGCAAAGUUGUACCGAUGUCUCUUCCCACGCCCCACCGUUCAUCAUCCUCUGGUGGGAAAAAGAGGAGACGAUCCUGUGGAUGAAUUCACCCUUCCACAAAAUGACGCUUCGCUCCCAGGGACCAGUCAGGCCGCCACCGCCACGUCAGCACAGCCUUCUGUGUCUGACGACCGGGUUGCCCUGGAUAGACUGUCUACCCUCGUGUCUGGCCUUAUCGAAAAGUUGGACAGGGACACCGGGACUGACUUCAGUGGCUUUCAUGCCCUCUCUUCCUCGGAAGAGGAGGAAGUUUUUGUUCCUCCGACUCCGUGCACGAGCCAGCCUGACCCUCUUGACAGCCUGGACCAGCUUGGGCGUGAGGAGGGUGCAGAUGAGGAUUUCCUGAGGGCUUUGAGUGACCUUUCUGGCCAUUUCCAUGGCGAGGAGAAAAAGGGAGACCCGCUGUCUGACCAGUUGGCCACCAUCCUCAACGCCAGUCUUCGCCGUCGACCUUUGUCAGAGAGUGUGAAGUUAACUUGUGGAAAAAUCAAGCUUCCGAGUAAUGUGCCGAACCUCGCUGUGCCUGUGACAAACGCGGCGAUAACUAAGGCCAUGAGUGUAAACGGGAGGCUGGUAGAUACCAAGCUUUUCCAGACUAAUUGCCUACUGACAAAGGCAUUAGUCCCUAUUGCUGUGUGUCUUGAUGAUAUUGGGAAAAAGAAGGACAAGAGUUUGGCUUGUUAUUUAGAUGGCCUUAAUAGUUGUUUGCGCCUUCUCACUUCAGCGGUGAAUUACCUAAAUCAGCUGCGCAAGGAUGUUGCCCGUAUCCAUGUCCGUGACUCGGCCAUGGUUGAUCUCUGCAAGUGGGAAUGUGAAGUUGGUCAGCAGGAGUUAUUCCCCUUUGACGUUACCAAGAAAUGUGAGGAGAUCCACAAGGCAGGCCGGCUGGGCAGGCCGUCUUUUCGCCCACCUGCUAAGUCAUCUGGCAAAAGGUACUCUUCCUUUUCCCGCACAACCCACCGGUCUUCUCAGGCUCACCACCAGUCCCGGCCUCGUUCUCAGACUCGGCCUUUUUUCGCCCAGCGGCCACCCCAGGGGAGGGGGAUGCACGGGCCGAAGCUACACCAUCAGUAAUCUCUCCGCCUUGUAUCCAGAACUCUUCGGAAACUGCAGGACGACAAAGCAACAGCUCUGAUGAUUCUUCCAUUAUGGUCGACUCAAGUAUGGUUCCCAACAGCUUUGCAGUUGCUGACAGAAGAUCCAGUUUUGCUUCCUCGCUGUCCCCUGUUUCUCCCUCAGCAACCAACUCUACCACACCCUCGGGCUCAGGGGUUGGUUUUGACAGCGAUGGUGCUCUCAGGGCAGCAUUCACGGAUCGCGGCCUUUCGCCGGAGGUUGCCCAGUUUUUGCUUCACUCCUGGAGAUCUAGCACUAAGGCACAAUAUGGGCCGCAUAUCAAGAGAUGGUUGUUAUUUUGCCUCAGAAGGGAAGUUGAUCCACUUCAGCCAUCUGUGAGUAUUCUAUUAGAUUUCCUUUUGUUGGAAUUUAAACGCAAGACAGGUCGUGGAUACAGCUCCAUGAACACCAUUCGCUCAGCCAUCUCAGUUAUUGCUACUAUUGACGGCCGUCCGGCAGGACAACAUCCUUUAGUCACGCGAUUUAUGAAGGCAGCUUUCCUGGAGAGACCUUCUUUUCCCCGCUCUCAUACAACUUGGGAUCCUCAGAUAGUGUUAGAUUUUUUUUGUGGUCUUGGUCCUACUGUGGACUUGUCUCUUCUUCAAUUGUCCAGAAAAUUAGUUACUCUUAUGCUUUUGUUGUCGGGCCAUCGUGGUCAAAUCUUACAUUUGCUAGACAUUAGGAACAUGUCUCUCAUGGAGUCACAGGUUGUUUUUGGGAUUGGGGAUUUGUUGAAGACUUCUCGUCCUGGGGCCCACAUAUCAAGUUUGGUUUUCGACGCCUAUCCACAUGACAGCUGCUUGUGUAUCGUUGACGCCAUCAAGCAUUACCUGGAUAGGACUAGAUCCAUCAGAGGAUCACUUACAGGGUUUUUCCUGACUACGCGACCUCCGGUGAGGUUGGCUUCUAAGGAUACAUUGCGUCGUUGGGUAAAGGAUGUGAUGAGAGCUGCUGGCGUUGAUGUUACUGUUUUCUCUCCCCACUCUACUAGGUCAGCCUCUUCCAGCAAGGCAGCCCGGAGGUUGCCCCUUUCUACAAUAGUCUCCACCAUUGGAUGGGCCAGGGAGUCUACCUUUACUCGGCAUUACCACAAGCCUCUUUCUCAGCCUGGCCAGUUUGCAAGGGCGGUUUUGUCCUAAUGGUUCUGAGAUUGUCUCUUGUUUAAUAUUUGUAAGGCCUUGUGGUCACUUUUCUUUGGUUUGCCAUUAUACUUUUGUAUUUGUAUGUAUCUGGGAUUGGGUCCCACAUUUUUUGUAUAACGGGUUGUAUUAUAAUUAUUAGCACUGUGGCUUACAUUGGUUUGUAUUGUUUGUCACCUGGACAAGUUUUGUAAGGUCACUUUGGGUUUCAAUACAUGGGCUAUGCCUUACUCUGU